AUGAAGAUAACUCCAACUACAACCUAUACUUUGAGGAACGGGGUUAAAAUUCCUGUCAUUGGUCUUGGUGUCUAUUUAUCUCCCCAAAAAGAAACCGAGCACAUCGUCUACACAGGCCUUAAACAGGGGUACAGACACGUUGACACCGCCAAGUUUUAUGGAAAUGAAAGAGAAGUGAGUCUCGGAAUUGCAAAAUUCUUGGAAGAGACUCCAUCAUGCUCUAGAUCUGAUAUAUUCUACACCACGAAGAUCUAUCAUGAAGAUUUCGGAUAUGAAGAGACUAAGAAGGCCAUUGCCAAGUCUUUAGAAGAAGCGAAAGAAUUGGGAUACAUUGAUUUGCUAUUAAUGCACUCCCCUACUGGUGGAAAGGAAAAGAGAUUAGCUACUUGGAAGGCUUUUCAAGAAUUUUACGAGCAAGGUAAGCUAAAAGCCAUUGGUAUCUCUAACUUUAGCAUUGCACACACGGAGGAGCUAUAUGCUUGGGAUGGGCUUAAAGUCGAGCCCAUGGUUAAUCAAUUUGAAAUCAAUCCUUGGUUGACCAGAAAGGAGCUCUGUGAGUACUGCAGAAAAAAAGGUAUCGUCAUUGAGGCAUUUUCGCCAUUAACCAGGGGUCAACGCCUGGAUGAUCCUCAAUUGGUUUCAAUUGCUGAAAAAUAUCCCGGUCACUCCACUGCGCAACUUUUAAUCAGGUGGUCCUUGGAAAUGGGAUUCAUCCCAUUGCCAAAGUCUUCUAACGAGAAAAGAUUGUUACAAAACUUACAAGCGUGCGACUUUGAGAUGAGCAAAGAAGAUGUGAAGGCAUUAACACAUGACGAAGAUUACUUUUUGAUGAACAAAGACUUUGAUCCAAUUAAGAACUGUCCUUAG